UACUGCCCCAUUAUUUAGAGGCUUUGUGCUGAGACUGCAGAGUGUGCCCCCAAGACGAUGCCCCCCAACAAAGCCUUGAUCCUAGGAGCUCUCACCCUGGCUGUCCUGCUGAGUCCCUGGGGAGCCAAAGCCAUCCAAGAGAAUCAUGUGAUCAUCCAAGCUGAAUUCUACCAGACCUCUAACCCCAAAGGAGAGUUCAUGUUUGACUUUGAUGGGGAUGAGAUUUUCCAUGUGGAUUUGGAAAAAAAAGAAACUGUCUGGCGGCUUCCUGACUUCAGCAAAUUUGCCAGCUUUGAGGCCCAGGGUGCUCUGGCCAAUCUUGCUGUGGACAAAGCCAACCUGGAAAUCAUGAUGAAACGGUCCAACAACACCCCUGACACCAAUGUGCCCCCUGAAGUGACAGUGUUUCCAACGGGUCCGGUGGAGCUGGGCCAGCCCAAUGUCCUGGUCUGCUUCAUUGACAAGUUCUCCCCUCCGGUGCUCAAUGUGACAUGGCUUCAUAACGGCAAUCCCAUCAGUGAUGGUGUGUUUGAGACUGUCUUCCUCCCCCGCUCUGACCAUUCCUUCAGGAAAUUCCACUACCUCACCUUCAUUCCCUCUGCCAAUGAUUUCUAUGACUGUGAGGUAGAUCACUGGGGUUUGGAGCAAGCUACCAUCAAACACUGGGAACCAGAAGUUCGGACCCCAUUGCCAGAGACGACUGAAACUGUGGUCUGUGCCCUGGGCUUGGCUGUAGGUUUGGUGGGCAUCAUUGCAGGCACCAUCCUAUUUAUCAAGGCCAAGAGGUCAAGCAAUACCUCCCGUGGUGGCCCUCGUGGACCCCUGUGACAACAUUACUGUGAGAUGAGAAGAUCCAGAAAAUCCCAGUUCCUGACUCAACCUCCUAACCUGGCUUUUAAAGGCUGCCCAUUUCACCUUCUAUUCUGGAUAUUUGUUUUCUCCUAACUCUUCUGAGUGCCUCAUACCAGUGACUCUUCCAAUUCUUUUUCCCUUUGAAAACUUAUAACACCAUUUGGGCAUCAUCCUCACCAGAUCCUCCUUGAACACUCCCACUCCCACACACAAAUCCAUACUUCCUCUCCAUCCCCUCUGCCCCACUGAAUUCUCUACCCCUUCAUACAGCUUAAUUUCACCCACUCCUACUCCUUUAAAGGAGGAAGGUCUAGUAGAAAGACUACUGAAUUUGGAGCCAGAGGUAUGUGUGUUCAAAUUCUACCUGAAAUAUUACUUGUGUAAUCUUGGGAAAACCUUUUAACCCCUCAGAAUCUCCUUUUCCUUGUUUGUAAAAUAAAGAGACUGUACUAUAUAGUUUCUAAAAUCCCUUCAAUUUCUAAAUCUGUUGUCUUAUAUCUCCACUUAUGAGUCCUACCUUGUCUGCCUACCCUUCCCUAGCUCUUCUGUAAUCUUGGAAAUUUAGCUGACUCUAGGAAAUUGCUCCUCAUCUGUACCUAAUCAGUUGUUCUUCCCAUUGAAGUGGGGGAGUGGUACCUAGGACCCUGCUGUGGUUGUCUUCUAGUUCACAUCCUGGAAACUUUUCUAAAACAAAUAAAUAUGAGGGGACAUCA